UUGGAGAAACAACUGGUGGUGGAACGGGUUAACUGAAAUAAACUUAGGAAAUUAAAAAAAAAAUUACAAUACGUAAAAAUAGCAGUACGAAUGACUAGCGGUUUUUGAAUUGUAAUGUAUAUAUUAGUUCAAAUUUAUUGAAAAUUUUCUAAGUUACAGACUAUGGAUGAGUCAAAAGAUGCUGAAAUGAACAAAGUAUUAGCCGGUGAGGAGAUCUUAGAAAGUGGCUUCGGUGUGGAAAAGGCUAAUAUACAGAUGGAUAUUUGUCCUGCUCAAGAGAAACAAAGCCUCUUGCGAAGAAAUUGUAAAAUAGCCCUUAUAUGCCUGAUACACAUUGCAGUUGGUUCAUAUUUUGGCUACGCCACACAUUAUUAUAUACGUGAAUAUAAUAAUCAUCAGUGUUCCGAGGCCUUGGAAAGAGAUCCCCUUUAUUGUUCCAUGCGAUUUUGUGAUGGCUACGGAUUUCUGAUAUUAUUUCUUGGCUUCAUUUAUUUCGGCUUAAUUUAUUAUAAGGUGUUUAAGCCUACAUUGGGUCAUAGACUAUAUCGAAAAUAUUUGGUGCCCCUAAACAGAUGGUGGAUGAUCUUCAGCAGAAAGAGAUCCACAUCGGCCAUAUUAAUCGGAUUUUUGUUUGUAAUAUUGGCCAUAUUCCUGUAUUACGAAACCAAAGAUGAACCCCAAAAAUUAUCAUCCCUGGCAGCUCCGUGUUUCUUCAUCGCCUGUGGCAAUGCCUUCUCCACAAAUCGUUCAGCCAUCAAAUGGCGUCUGGUCAUAACCGGUAUUACCUGUCAAUUUAUGCUGGGCAUAAUUUGUAUCCGAUGGAGUGUUGGCCGUAGCAUUUUCGAAUGCAUUGGCAAUCGGACGGCCAAUUUUCUUUCGUUUGCCGAUGAGGGAAGUCGUUUUGUCUAUGGCGAUGAUAUGAUUAGUCAGGGGGUCUUUGCUUUUGCCAUUUUGUCGGUGAUAUUUUUCUUUAGUUUCCUAAUCUCGAUUCUUUAUUAUAUGGGUGUGAUGCAAUGGGUGGUCAUGAAAUUGGGUUGGCUAUUGGCCCAGCUGCUGGGCACAACGGUGUGUGAAAGUGUAACUGCUGCGGCGAAUAUAGUCUUGUCCAUGACAGAGAGUGCUAUCCUCAUACGGCCGUAUAUUAAACUGUUGACGGCCAGUGAAAUCCAUUCAAUUAUGGUAUCGGGUUUCGCCACGGUAUCGGGUUCAGUUUUGGCGGCGUAUCUGAGCUUUGGUGCCUCUCCGGCUCAUUUAAUAACAUCGAGUGUUAUGGCGGCUCCUGCCUCAUUGGCCAUAUCCAAAUUGUAUUUGCCCGAAACGGAGGAGAGUAAAAACUCGGCAAAUAACAUACAAUUGGAGAAAUCUCAGGACUCCUCUUUAUUGGAUGCCGCCUCGAAUGGGGCCAACAAUGCCAUACAAAUUGUCUUGGGCGUCACUGCAAACCUAAUAGCCUUUGUGGCCUUUAUUGCCUUUCUCAAUGCUGUGGUCAGCUGGUUUGGCGGUUUGGUGGGCCUGGACUAUGUUGAUUUUGAAUGGCUAUUCUCGAAACUGUUUAUACCCCUGGCCUGGGCAAUGGGUGUUCCCUGGCAGGACUGCGAUGAAGUGGCCAAAAUUGUGGCAACCAAGACCAUCAUCAAUGAAUUUGUGGCCUAUGAACGUUUGGGGAUCCUUAUUAACAAUAAUGCGAUAAGUGCCCGAAGCGCGGGUAUUGCAACCUUUGCCAUUUGUGGCUUUGCUAAUCCCAGUUCCAUGGGCAUGAUGAUAGGCAUCUUGGCUACAAUGGCUCCCAAAAGUCGCGGUGUCAUAACUUCAGUGGCCUUUCGAGCUUUCGUGGUGGGCAGUAUUGUCUGCUUUGUUUCAGCAAGUUUUGCAGGUAUUUUAAUGCAAGAGGAAGAGGAGAGCCGUGUUUACCAGAAAAUAUUAAGUUUAAAUCAAUUGCGAAACAUUACCAUAGGUGUAAUUGAGAAACAAUAA